AGUGUGUGCACACAGCACUUCCGGUCUACAACCACGAUUCGAACGCUAAGUCGAUAUAGAGAGAUUUGACACCCAAGCAUAUAUGACACUGCACUGUCAUGUCGGCCUAUCAAGGCUAUCCCCAAGGUCAGGGGCCAGGAGGUUAUGAUGAAAGAAGGGCAUGGGCUCCUGGAAACCCCCCUGAUGGACGGUACAGCAAGAUUGAGACAGAUCCCCUUGUGACGAGCAUGGCACAAUCGGCACCAAUGUCCCGAGUCGUGCCAGGUGGUGGUGAGACUUAUAAACAACCGGCACCAUACUCAGGGAAAGAUUCUACUGGAGUUUCCCGUCGAAAGAGGACACGUUUUGAUACGGGAGGUUUACCCGUCAAGGGUCAAGGUCAGAAUGGCGACUGGAGAUGUAGCAUGCGUGGAGUUGAUGUAAGAGCCUACGAAUCACCAAACUCUGUUGCUCCUACUCAACCUGCAGGAUUUGUAAGACCCGUCAUUCCUGCAAGACCCGUCAUUCCUGUCAGACCCACCAUUCCUGCCAGACCCGCCGUUCCUGUCAGACCCACCGUUCCUGCCAGACCUGCCUAUCCUGUUCCCCAAAAGGUGGAGCCUCCCAAUAGGAAGGUGAGAAUAUCGGGGCUGGCAGUGAAAACCCCUGGUUACAAGCUGAUGUCCUACUUCUGUAGAUGGGGAGGAGUCGACGAGUUUGAGGUGGUGAAGGAUCUGACUUUGAGAUCAACUGGUGUUGCAUUUGUGAUAUUUGAAAAACUUGCUGAUGCAGUGAAAGCAGUAUCAGGCAAGCCACAUGUUAUUGAUGAUAAGGAGGUCGAAGUCAGCUAUGCCAAGCCUCAUGAGAACCUGCCGUCUGAAACCUUUUCAUCUUGGAGGGAACAAAGACCCCGUGAAACUAUCCAACAACAAAGAUUGCCUGAAUCUAUCAUAUCACUAGAUCAAGGUUAUGAUCCACCCGAAGCUAGAAAGUCAAGGUCGCUUGAAGAUGCACAACCACGAAGGUUACCUGAAGUGUAUCAGCGAAGAAGGCAGUCCACUCCAGAGCCUUUGAUACCAGGUUUGACACAAGUAGAUAGUGUUCCAGACGUGCCAUUAGUAACUGAGUACGAGUGCAAUGUUUCUGGAUGUUCAUUUAAAGGUGAAUCAGGGCAGUUUGACCGUCACUGGACAAAGAUUCAUGAAGCAAAGGUUCUUUAUCUCAUCUGUUCAUUCUGUAGCAUGGAAUGUGUGGAUGCAGAUGAUCUUCGUGAACACCUGGAUUUUUUUUCAUGGGAUUGAGGACAGAAGUGAAAUGUCAACAUUCCUGCUUGGUGCUAGACAACAGGAGAGAGACAACAUUCACUUUGUCAUGCCUGGCAGUGUGACCAGGGAAACCUGCAUGAAAGUAACAAAGCCUCCACAAA